AUGCAACGCCGGGCCCGUGGCCGUUCCUCCUACCCGUCCUCGUCGUCGUCGAACGAGACGGUUCUCGAAGCGUGCUCCUCCCCGCCGCCAGGAUACCCUCUAGCUCUGGCAGAUGGCGUGCAGGGUACGUUGCCAUCGCAGACGUCGAUCGUGGCGCUGUCGCGACGCUUUGCUUCCAAUCCACCGAAGGCCGCCAGCAGGACAGGUUACAGUCAUAAUGUUGCGAAAGAAAGAACCGUCCCUGGAGAGAACGAGGCAGAAGAUAUUGAGGAGAACGAUGCACACGGACACGAUGACUCGGAAGAGUCGAUUGAUUGGGACGCGGACUCGGAUCAAGGCACCGUUCACAACGCACCUCAGCCUCGUCGAGUCGUGAGACGUGCCAGGUUACCACAGACCAUGGGCUUCCACAUGGACUGGUGGAUCGCGCGUGUAGCCACAGCGGCGAUCAAUGUGAGUAUCCUCACCCUCUCUCUUCACCUCCUAUCUCAAAAGUGCUUUCGCCAUUCUUAUGAAUUUGGGCCCCCCUCCAUUUCGCUCGCGAGAAAAAUCCGAAAUGCUAACCUCUGUCCGAGAGUCCCCGUAGCUGGACUUCAAAGUCCUGUGUGCCAGUAUGAUGUUGUGGAGGGAGAACAACGAAGUGCUGCAAAUCCCCACCUCUCGUACGAGAUCCGUACCACAGACGCUAGGGCAGGAAGACGAUUCUUGCGCAAACUCGCUAUUGUCGCAGAACACCCGGCGGUCACCCUCGCAAGCCCCACUACUCCUCGAAGGCGCGUACCGAUCCUCCGCGUCAAUGUUGGACUGGGACGCUUUGCUGGAAAGCAUCAAGCGAGCCAGCGAGCUGAUGCAUAG